UUAGCAGGAGGUGGGCCUAAAGUGACAAACCAAAGUGGAUACAAUAAGCACACCUCCCGCAGUGUGACAAACACAUGUCCCAGGACAGGCAGACAACAUGACCUCCAUCAGGUUUCUGGAGUUAUUACUUCCCCUCCUCCUCGUCCACCAGAUCUACAGUGAGGAAGCGGAGCUCGUGUUCAGAGCAGAGGGCACCAAUAUCGAGUUGGGGUAUUGUUUUGGAGCGGAUUAUAUUGUUGUUUAUAGAUGUGAACCGGAGGAAGACCAGCUGCUUGGCAACUCCUCGGCCGACAACACGUGCGUUACAUGUCCUGCGGAGCUCCAGAAUCGCAUCCACAUCAACACACAAAAGUACCUGCUCGGGCUCCAGAUCAGUCACCUCACACCCAAGGACUCAGGGACGUAUCGGAGGGAAUGCUGGCAGAACCAGACACUAGCCGAACAGCACACACAGCAGCUCUCCGUGUGCAAUGAGGAAGUCGAAUCUGAAGAGAUCCUUGUGAAGGAAGGAGAUGGAGGGGCUGAGCUUCUGUGCAACAACACUUCCAUCGGUUUGGAGGGAACCUCUGUGCGCUGGUACUACGAGAUGUAUCCAAUUUAUAAGCCCACACUCUUCCUGGAUAGCAGUGUGUCGCUGGACCCUCUGGUGGAGGAGCUACAGGGUGUUGUGGAGGUCAGAGACAACGGGGCGUUGCUUUUGCUCGACAGCAGCACGUUAAAGAAUGACCAGCAUUAUAUCUGUCUUGUCAGCAAAGCGUGAAGGAUGUAGAGCCAGAGGGGGGGGCAGGAUGGAGUGUUCCUGGAAGACGGUGCUGCUGCUUGUGUGUGCUUCUCUUGGGGUCCAGUACACAGCCAUCCGCACCCUGAGGGACUCUCUGUCUGGGCCCUGUCAGGGAACCUACCGCUGCCAGACCAGACACCACAGAGACUCCAGGUGGAGAGCCUUGUGCGAUGACAGCUGGAGGCCGGUCGAUUCGCCUCGGAAGCACAUCCUGCUGUUUGCCACCACACGCAGCGGCUCCUCCUUCACCGGGCAACUCCUCAACCAGCACCCAGGGAUCUUCUAUGUAUUUGAACCUCUCUACCACGUCCAGCAGGCAUUCACCAACUCUAGCAGCAGGCUGCGUCGCACCCUGGACCGCCGGGCUCUGCUUGGAGCAUACAGGGACCUCCUCCUCAAUCUGUACACCUGUGACCUUCACUUCAUGGAGAAUUACAUCCGCCCGGAGCCCCAGGACCACGUCACAGGCUCCUUCUUCCGCCGAAGCUCAAGCCACGCACUCUGUUCCCCUCCCGUGUGCUUGGAUGCAGGGGAUGUAACGGCCUCUGUUACACCUGAUGAAACCUGGUGUCCCAAGAAGUGCGGAGCCCUGAACCUCACCCAAGCCUCUAUGUCAUGUCUGUCGAGGGAACAUGUAGCCAUCAAGACUGUGCGGGUCCCUGAGGUGGGGGACCUGCGCACCCUGACAGAGGAUCCACGUCUGGACCUGAAGAUUGUCCACCUGGUGAGAGACCCCAGAGCCAUCCUCGCCUCACGCAUGAUGGCCUUCUCAGAUCAAUUCCGUGCUUGGAAAAUAUGGAACGCGACAGGACGGCAGCCUCGAUAUGUGGACUUGACGCAGAUCACCAGUACCUGCAAAGACAUGGCGGCCUCUGCAGAAACAGGCCUGCAAAGGCCGGCAUGGCUGCGGGGACGCUACCUGCUGGUGCGAUAUGAGGACCUGGCAUUCAAUCCGAAAGACAAGGCCACUGAGAUCUACAGGUUUGUGGGGCUUGAGAUGGAGGACAGGGUGCGGACGUGGAUUGAAAAGAACACCAACAGUAACGUGUCAUCUCCUUCGGAGUGGAACUACAGGUACUCCACCUCGAGAGACUCCAGAGCGACAGCAGACAGCUGGAGGCUUCGUCUGGGCUUCGACAUUGUGAGGACUGUGCAGAACCUGUGCAACGACACUCUGGCUCUGCUGGGAUACAAGCAGGUUCACUCUGCAGCCGAACUCAGAAACCUGUCUCACAGUGUAGUGGAAAAUAGGACCUUUCAACCAAUCACAUGGUAG